GUCUUCAUGGUGACAUGGUGCUGGUGGCGGGCGUCAAAACUGGUACUGCCAAGGUCAAGGUUUGUCUGAGGUGGAGCCUGACAUCAUCAAGCUACUACCAUAAGCGUUCUAAUUAUAGAACCAGCUCGGUUAGGACGCCCUCUUUUAUAACGCCCAUAAUUUUACUUUUUUCGUACAUUUUUUCAUGCUAAUUAUUUUUUACAAUUAGAACAAUUACGGUAGUCAUUGAGAACAUAAUGCUAUACAUCACUCAGAAUACUCUAUAUACCCACCCCAGACCUCCUCACUACAACAAAAGGACUCAGAAAGUGAGCAUGUGUUGUUGAGGGGGACAACUUUUGCCACUGAUUUUAGCAUACAAUUAGAUGGUUCCUAUAAGAGUUAAAUGUGCGCUGUACGACUUUGAGAGGCUGUAUUAAACUAGAUUUUCUGUGGUCCAAUUUUUAAAAAGUCUUAGAGUUUUUUAAACUGUCUGAAAACGGUGAGUUAAUUAAUCAACUAUGAAGUGAAUAAAGUCAUUGACGGAAAUGGCAUAUAAUAUCAAAGGAUGAGGACUUAUAUGCAUGUAGGAAUUAACUUUUAAUUAGCUUAAUAGAUGCAUAUAUGCACAAUGUCAUUUGCCGUAUUUGAUUGUGUUCAAAGCGUGUCUGUUGUGCAGCACUAGUGUGUGUGAGACUGGGAGGUGUGUCCGGUGCAGCUGUUCUCACGGCCUCCUCCAACCAGCCAGUGUAGAUGGGCUGUACCAAAACUGCAUGGACCCAAAAAUACGGACAGUGCAGAAAGUGACCUACAGAAAAUGAGAUGAUUAUGCCCACACAAGGAAACUAUGACCCCAGUUUUGAUAUGUAAAAUAUCCCGACCACAAGAGAAGGCCGGUGGUGUGAGUGGGUGGGGAAAAAUGGAGUCCACUGUAUGCAUCUAACCUUAUUUAUUAGAUAAUAGUAGAGUGGGUGUACAAUGUGAUCAUUUGCAUAGUAAUGAUUAUUGUUCCAUAUUCGUACAAACGUCAAUAAUACUACAAUUAUUAGACACACGUAUUAUUGUACAAAAUUAAUAUGGACCACUAUAAUUAUCGAUCAAUGUUAUUAUUGUGCAUACAUCACCUGACCUGUCACUGUGAGAGCUGUGCAUGAGUAUCUAUAGCAGCUGCUGCUUUUGCCAAGCUUCGAGCUUUUCUUUCUGCUACUAAUAUAAAGUUUUGUUUCAAUGGCUGAGAGUGCUGAACAGCCUCUGGUCAAAUUGAAUGGACAGUAUGCUGAACACCAAACAAAAAUUGAGACCAAUAUCCGCUUGAAAUUCAAUGAUAUUCGUGAAGCUCUUGAUGCUCGUGAGAGGGAUGUUAUGGCCGAGUUGGAAAACCACACGCAACAACAGCUCAAGUCCUGUUUUGCAUAUUCUACUCAAAUUGUUGAAGCUUGUCAGGAUUCAGUUCACAUCUGUACUAGUAAAGAAGUGACUAACUAUUGUGCGUUGAAAGUGGUGCCCUCAAGACGAAUGAAGACAACCCAACCUCUUCCUGUUGCCAUUCUGAAUGCAAUAGAUUCCAAACAACGAAUUGUUGGCUUGGAUUUGUUGAACAUUGAAGCCAAAAUUGUCUCUAAGCUGACGAACGAAACCACAAAAUGUGUUGUGAAGGAACGAGGGAAGGGAGAGUUCGAGAUAUCCUACCAGCCAACAGUGGGUGGGGCCAGCGAGCUGAUUGUUAGUGUGGGUGGAGAAGAGGUGGCAGGAAGUCCAUUCCCUGUGGCAGUCAAGACUCCGAUCGAUAAACUAGGAACUGUUAUCAAGACUAUCAAUGAUCUCAAGAAACCUCGAGGUGUAGCACUCAACCAAGCUGGGGAGAUAAUUGUGACUGAAGAGGAUGCUGGUAUUGUCUCGAUAUUUAGCCCCACAGAAGAAAAGCUGCGAACAUUAGACACUCGAGGAACAGCUGUUGGAGAGAUGAAGAAUCCUCGUUGUGUGGCAGUGGACGGUGAUGACAACGUUCUGGUGGUGGAUAAUGGUAAUCAUCGACUGUUGAAGUUUUCAUGUGUAGGAGACCUUAUAGCAGCAGUAGGUAGUGAUGGCGAUGGUCCUGGACAGUUAAACAAUCCUUGUGGCAUGUGUGUCAACAGUGUCAAUGGGAAGGUGUAUGUGGUUAAUUACGGUGCUGACUGUGUUCACAUCUUCAACUCUGACCUCACCUUCUCCAGCAAGUUCGGCAGCUAUGGCAGUGGUAAUGGACAGUUAAACAAUUCCUGGGACGUUGCAUCCGAUCGUAGUGGUUGUGUAUAUGUGGCUGAUGCUUCCAAUCAUCGAGUGCAAGUCUUCACACCUGAUGGUGGCUAUCUGAAGCAGUUUGGGCAAAGAGGCAGUGGAAAUGGAGAACUUUAUGGACCUGUCAGCAUCUAUGUGGACAAUGAUGAUCUGGUGUAUGUGGGGGAGCUUGGGAACGGUCGUGUCUCCAUGUUCACGUGUGAGGGAGUGUAUCUCAAGUCGUUUGGAUCACAUGGAUCUGGACCAGGACAGUUCAACAGUCCUUAUGGCAUAGCAGUAGACCAUUGUGGUGUGGUGUAUGUGUGUGAUUUUAGCAACAAAAGAGUGCAAAUAGUUUCCUAGUUUAUUUUUUGUUGUUGAGUUAUAUUUUUUUGUAGCAUACAUGUUGCUUAAUGAAAUUGAAACCUUGAAAUUGAAACCAGUGAAUUCUUUGCCUAUGCUGUCCCUGUGUGCGUGUGUACUGAGUCUCUCCUGUUAUAGUCGUACCUUUAGUAUCGUACCUCACCCUGUCCCUAUUCCUGCAUGUGCAUGUUGUACACUAAUGUCUAUUUAAAUUGUAGAUUGUGUUAUUUAUGUUUAUGCGAGCAAUUUCCUGAACUAAUUUUCCAUCCCCCCACAGUCUCGUGCAUGGACAAAGAUGAUGUGCAUAUAUAGUUUUGGAGUGCUUGCUUGUGAAGUGGAUGCCAGAUUUCCUGAAGCUGCUGUAUUUCUUGGUCUGCUAUCGUCGUAUCGAGUAUGGAAGGUGUAUGGCGGGAGCUCCACCCACUCAUCACCUCCUAUACAUGUGUCUCUCACUCCCCCCUCAGGACAGACCCUCCAUGGACACUGUGCUACACCACAUCAAACUCUGAGUCUUGGUAGCAGCCACGGUCCUCAUAUAUAUAUAUAUACUCGUCUGCUCCCUUCAUAAAAAAGCCAGCUCUCUGGGGAAGCUAAACUUACCGGUGGUUUUACUUCCCUAUGUCCCCUCCAGCACUGGGGUCAAGUUAACUUCA